CAUCUAAUACACGUAGAAUAUAUGCUCAUCAUUAUAUGAAUUUCAAUGGUGAUCUAUUUAAUCAUUCUUAUUGUAAUAAUCAUAUACAUUCAACACGUUAUAAAUGGUAUAAUUUUAUAUAUAAAAAUUUAUAUGAACAAUUUCAUAAUGUUGCUAAUAUUUACUUCUUAUUAAUUAUUAUUACGUAUUUUUUUGUAGAUAAUAUAGGUACAGCUUCUGUGACUAUAAUCCCAUUAAUUGUUAUUCUAUGUAUUACAAUGAUUAAAGAUGGUCUAGAUGAUUUAUUACGUUAUUAUUCUGAUCAACAAUUAAAUUCUAUAGAAUAUUAUGUAUUAACGAUUGAUUUUGAUCAAAAAUCAAUAAAAUGGUUACCAAAAAAAUCAUCAUUAUUAUCUGUUGGUGAUGUAAUUUAUUGUAAAAAUAAUCAAUCAUUUCCAUGUGAUUUAUUAUUAUUAUAUUCAUCUAAUUCUAAUGGACAAGUGAAUAUUACUACAAUUAAUUUAGAUGGUGAAAAUUCUAUUAAAAAAUAUUAUACAUUAAUAGAAUAUCAAUUAAUUUAUUCAAAUUAUUGUAAUAUUGAUCAAUCGAUUCAAACAAAUUUAAAUUCAUUCAAUUUUCAAUAUAUAAUUCAACAAUUAUAUUUAUAUGUGAUAUGUCAACAACCAAAUGAGAAUUUAAUGAGUUUUCAAGGUCAUUAUAAAACCGCGCCACAUUUAAAUCAUCAUGAGAGUGGGGAUGGGGAUAAUGGGGAUAAUGGGGAUGGGGGAAGAUAUUUACCAUUAAAUUGGAAAAAUUUAGUAUUACGUGGAUCAAAAUUAAUAUCAACAGAUUAUAUCAUUGGUUUAGUAAUAUAUACUGGUCAAGAUACAAAAUUAUCAUUAAAUAGUAAACAUUCACAAAGAAAAUAUAGUACACGUGAAAAAUUAUCAAAUAUGAUCUUAUUAAUCUUUAUGGUUGCUAUGGUAACUAUCACCAUACUUGUAUCUAUUAUAUCUACACUAUGGAUACGUAAUCAUUUAAAUCAAAUAUGGUAUAUAACAUUUGAAUUAUUAACUAAAUGGCAAUUUAUACGUACUAUAUUUCGUUAUUUAUUUAUUAUUAAUUAUUUAAUUCCAAUUUCUAUUAUAGUCACAACAGAAUUUCAACAAUUAAUCAUUGCUUAUUUUAUAACAAAUGAUAUAGGUAUGUAUAAUUCUAUAGAGAAUAUAAAAAGUACUGCAAAUAAUUCACAAUUAUCUGAUGAAUUAGGACAAAUUGAAUUUUUAUUUUGUGAUAAAACUGGUACAUUAACACAAAAUUUUAUGAUAUUACAUUCAUGUUGUUUAUUAGAACAGGAACAAUUAUAUCAAUUAAAUCAUAAUAAUAAACAUGAUAAUCAUGAUGAUGAUGUUGAUGAUGAUGCUGCUGCUACUGAUGAUGAUGAUGAUGAUAAUGAUACUACUACUGAAUUCACUACUUAUAAUAGAUUGAAUAGUAAAUUAUUAGAUAUGAAUGAAAAUUUUCAAGAGUUUUUAACUAUUAUAUCAUUAUGUCAUACAGUAGAAUUAAAAAAUAAUCAUAAUAAUAUUCAAUUGAAUGAAACUACUCAAAUGGAUUAUAGUAGUAAUAAUAGUAAUAUACAAGAAUCAUCAUUUAAUACAUAUGAACCAUUGAGAUUUUAUGAAUAUGAAGCAACAUCACCAGAUGAAAAGGCAUUAGUGGAAGGUGCUUCAAAAUUUGGUGUUGUAUUUUCAGGUAAAGAACCUGAUCUAAAUGAAACUGGUUCAUAUAGAUUGUAUAUUGAUUAUUGGUCAUAUUCAACAAAAUCAAUAAAAGAACCAAAUAAUGAAAAAUUUAUUAAACGUCAAUGUUAUCUUAUUGAUGCUGUAUUAGAAUUUGAUUCAAUACGUAAAUGUAUGAGUAUUAUGGUGCGUUAUCCUGAUGGUACAUAUUAUGUAUUGAGUAAAGGAGCAGAAACUGUAAUGUUAGAUCCUGAGAGAUGCAGUACUACAUCUGGUUAUCUACGUUCACGUGCUAUUCAUUAUGUAAAUCAAUAUGCAAUUCAUGGUUUACGUACACUUGUAUUCGCUAAACGUAUAUUACAUAAAUCUAUGUAUAUGAAAUUAUUAGAAAAUUUUAAAUAUGCCUCUAGUCUAUGUGAUCAUGAACGUUUGAAUGCAUUAAAACAAUGUUAUCAUGAUAUUGAAUAUGAUAUGAUACCAAUAUAUGUGACUGGUAUUAAAGAUAAAUUACAACCUGGUGUUAAAAAUUGUAUAAAAGCUUUAAAAGAAGCUGGAAUACAAAUAUGGAUAUUAACUGGUGAUAAAGCUGAAACAGCAAUAACAGUAAGUCAAUCUAUUGGACAUUUUACAUCGAAUAUGUCAUUAAUAAGAAUAAUGAAUUGUCAAAGCUUACAAUCAACAGCCUAUAAAAUUUAUGAACAAUUAGAUGCAUUAUAUACAUAUAAUGAUUAUCAUAAACAAAAACCAAUUCAUCAACAUCAUCAUCAUCAUCAUCAUUCUAUCUUAACAAUACCAAGAAUUAAAACAAUAAAUUAUAAUGGAACAUCAACAUCAUCUUUAUGUAUGGAUGGAUCAUGCAAUAAUAAUAAUAUAUAA